GCUGCCCGGCCUAGGCUCGGCCUUCUGGCGCUGGAGAUUAGGGCUGUUUACUCAGAAGGUGCACUAACCCCGCUCCCAGCAUCCCAAAACCUGCCGGGUGCCCUGCGUCACUGCAGUGACACUGCCUACAGCCUAGGAAACCCCAGAACUGCCACUCUAUCAGUAAGACCAGGCUAACCUGCACCCUUGAUCAACUUCUCAAAUCUCCAGCUGCAGGGAAGUCAACGUUUGUCAGGCUACUAGAGAAACACAGUGAUGAGUGGGAGAUCAUCCCUGAACCCAUUGCCAAGUGGUGCAACAUCCAGACAGCUGAAGAUGAGUAUGAGGAACUUUCAACAUCACAGAAGAGUGGAGGAAACCUACUUCAAAUGCUGUAUGAUAAACCCACAAGAUGGGCUUACACAUUUCAGACUUACGCUUGCUUGAGCCGAGUAAGAGCACAACUAAAACCUGUCUCAGCCAAGCUACGUGAAGCAGAACAUCCAGUGCAAUUUUUUGAGAGAUCUGUGUACAGUGACAGAUACGUAUUUGCUUCUAACCUGUUCGAGUCUGGAAAUAUUAAUGAAACAGAGUGGGCUAUUUAUCAGGACUGGCACACAUGGCUUUUGAAUCAGUUUGAAUCUGAUAUAGAACUGGAUGGCAUGAUCUACCUAAGAACCACACCUGAGAAAUGCAUGGAAAGGCUACAGACGAGGGGAAGGGAAGAGGAGCAAGGAAUUGAGCUCGAGUAUUUGGAAAACCUCCACUAUAAACAUGAAACCUGGCUCCAUGAAAGGACUAUGAGAGUUGAUUUUGAGAACCUUAAAGAGAUUCCUAUUCUAGUUUUGGAUGUUAAUGAAGAUUUUAAGAACGAUAAGAUUAAACAGGAGUACCUGAUUGAUAAAGUAAGUAUUAAAUGUUUCCUCAUCUGCCUUUCUUCUGUGGUAAUAAUUCUUAAGUUAUUGAUUUACAUUCUUAAAAUUUAAUUAAGUAUUUGUUUGGGACUAGUGCAGUCUCCUUCAUAGACUUAGGAAGCUUUUUGCUUUCCUUCAAAAAAAGGGAUUUAACCCCACCUCAUCCUCACAAUUCAAGGGAAAACUGAAUGUUUUUUAAAGAGGGGCAAUUGUGGGGGAUGCAAGUACACAGCAGCUGGAGCAGUCAGACUGCCAAGUCUGCACUGCCAUACCAUUCAUUAAAUAGCUCAGAAUUAUACUGCCCAGUUCAUGUCAGCCAUGAUGUCCUUCAAAAAAUUCUGCAGUCAGUUUAGAGCUAUUUAUGCCCCCCUCAUUCUAAGGUUGUAAGCUCCUCAUGGACAGAGCACAACACAUCUGACAAAUGCAGAGCUAACUGAACUUUGUACAUAAUGCUAAACGCAUGAAGUGACAAUUCUAAGAGUUGUGAGGGAGAGCCAACAGCCAUUUGAGGAAACAAGGUAGUAAUAAAUAGGUCACUUGAGUCAAAAUGGUGUUUGCUAAUUCCAAGGAAAGGUCAAAUUUAGGAAUAAAUGCCCAAAUUCUGCUGGAGUCAUAUGCUCUGUGCCCAGUUCACAACAAGAAAACCCUCUCCUAAUGCCUAAAGGCAUGGGCCUCAUCACCAACCCUUCAACAGAGCUCUAGCAUUACAUAUUUCACUCACUGGGACACUUGAACCUUUCUUUUCCCCCACUGCCCCAACAAGACUAUCCUUUUAAGAUGGAAAAAAGUACUCUUGCCCUCCUAUCAAACCAUAUAAUCCAUUUUCUCCAUCUUGUUCAGGGUCAUCGAUUUUGAGAUUACUUAAGAAUGACUCCUUCAAGCCAAACCUAACUUUCCCACUUAUAUAGCUCUAUAUAAACUGGGGAGGGGAGCACAACGUUCAGUUGUGGAGGUAUUUGUUGUCAAGUUGUACGCUCAUGGAAACCAGUAAUUGACUUAUGAACCGGACUACACUCCUAUCUGUUACCUUUAACUCCUCCCACUGAAAGGCCACCGGUGCUGCCUGCACCAAACACCCUUUGCCACCCAGCAUAUGGCAAGCCCAGCUCUGCUUUCAGCUUAGGGCAGUGGGUGCAGCACCACGCAGAAAGUGCUACCAGUUGUCAGACAAUCCCCUCUCUCCCUAGGAAAAACCUACCUAAUGAAGGAAAAUUAUUUUCUUUAACAAAGUAACAUUCUGUAAAGCAUUCCAGAAGUUACCUUUCAUAGUUACUUGCUAUUUUCGCCUAAUUAAGUUACUCAUUUCUAUGUAUUACUGACUUCCAAGUCCUGGGUUCACAGCCAUCUGCUAUACUGAAAAGCAUUUCAGGUCAGGAAUUACAUGUAGAGGCAGAACAGCACUGGAAACUGUACAGUAACAAAUAAUUUGUUCCCUGAGAAAGGGAAAAGCCUCAUAAUUUACCUUUUCUUUUAACACAAACACGUGUGCUUUGUUUUUACAGGUCAAGUCUUUCCUGACUUCUUAAGAUGAAAACUAAUUUGAAUUACAAGUGCCUGAAGCUCAAGAGUUAAACCUAAAAAUCAGAGCGUUCUUAGGCAGUUUAAGUGAAUGUGUUACCUUUAUAGUUUAUUUUAAGGCAAGAUUUAAGUUCAAAAUCUGGUUUGCGGGGUUUUUUUUGCUUGUCUGACCUGUCUGGCUUUUGACCGAAUUUUCUGUAUAGUUAAAACAAAUAAGGGGUGCUUUGAUCAUGUACUUUGUGUAUAUUUUCUGCUGUUUAAUAAAGAUUUUAAAUAAUAUGGACUAAUAACUGGCUUUCACAACAGAGGAGUUCACUGGUUAUCAACGGCUGACAACCCAGUAAACAGAGAUAGCAGGCGCUGAGGCAGGGUUGUUUUGCAAUAACUGGCAUAGUUCACCAUUUUAAGACGAGACUGUUAUGGCGUCCAGAAACCUUUACUUUCAACUUCUGCUUUAUUGAAUGGCUGCUCUCACAGCUACUUAAGGAGGGACGUUACUGCAGUCGCAAGGUUACACCUGGAAUAAACUGUAAUUUACGCGGAUCUUGUUUACGACCUCU